AUGGAUCAGCUGCAGCCUUACAGCUUUGCGGCGGGUUCUCGGCCUUCCCAUUCAGAUAAAACUUCGAAACCCGCUGCGCCGCUGGAUCGUCCAUCGUUCACCUUCAUUGAUCACGACGAUGACUUGACGUCCAAGCGGAUCAAAGAUGCCAGUGCUCGCAAGGCCAUCCGCUCCCAUGUCAUGCGCGAUGUGCGCCGUCGAGAGAGGCUGGCUGGCCUGAAACGAACCUCUAAGCGCGACAACGGGGGUCAAUCAGCGGCCACGAAUUCAAAGUUCAUGACAGGUGAAGAGCCCAAGGAGCAAAGACUAGUCUUGAGAUCGGCUUCUCCUUCAUCGGCCUCCUCAUCCGCAAUCGACACCGAGACCGGCAGUGGUUAUGUUCAUUCUAAAUCUCGGCGAGGUCGACCCGCGAGAUGGAGUGCUGGUUAUCCAUUGUCGCCUCAAUUGAGCCCCAACCCAAGAUCACUACCAAACUCGUGGUUCUUUGAUCCCUUUUGUUCACUCCCGGGGACUAGUGAGCUACCUUCUAUGGUUGCACAUUUGGUUUACUACUCUAACAAGACCUCACAAGGGAAAUCUGUCUUUGUACCAAUGACAUUCCCCAGUGAGCUCAAUGGCCAAGAAUCCCGGGAAGUGGAAUUGAUGGUUCGAUCCUCAUUUUCAGACCCUGGAAGCUUUUUCGGUCUGAUGACCAUGUGCGCGGCACAUCGGGCCAUACUGUCUGUUGACCGCUCUGAUGCAUCAAGCUCUGCUCAGUCAAGCACGAUUGUCAAUGACCCGGAUUUCUGUAUUAUGAAAGCAAAAUCCAUUCGAGAGAUGAACGCCAAGAUGCGAGAUCCUAACCGGGCAUUGAGUAAUGAGGCAUUCGAUACGAUCGUGAACCUGCUCACAGGCUCGUUAAUUGCUGGUCUAUUUGAUGAAGCUCGUAUCCAUCUGACUGGUCUUAAACGUAUGGUUGAGCUGCGUGGCGGUAUAACGGAUGAAAGCAUUCGUUCUGCUUCGAUGUUGUCUGCAAUUAUCACUACCGAUGUGAAAGCGGCUUCUGGACUACUGGUCAGGCCAGUUUUUCCCCUCACCUGGGAUGCGCAGCCCGUGCCCCCAGAUAUCCAGCAGCGCAUCCAACCUCCAGCUACUUCCCCAGCCCAUCAACUUGGGUCUGGGUUCUUCUCUAACAUGUUGCUAAGCUCUCCACUCAUCCGCAUCUUACACGUGAUACGCGAUAUCAUUUACUACAGCAUUACUGUGCAAACGAAACCCGAAACAAUCCACCAGGCUGAUAACCACUUUUUCCGAGUGCUGAACUGCGAAGCAGAACAUCAGCUCCUGAGUUAUAUCUAUCCUGAAAGUCAGGACACCACAAGCACUUCCCCGCCCACUAUAGACAGUCAUCCUCUCGAAGCAGUCACACGAGUGGCUACAAUCGGCUUCCUAAACAACUUCUUGAUCGUCUCUCCUCCAUCGUCAGGUCUCGGCCGGGCACUCACAAACCACAUCGUCGCUGCCGUGAACAACUGCGAACUCUCCCUUCUUCUCACCAUGCCCAAGGAAAACUUCGGAUUAUUUGCUUGGGCCUUGUUUGUGGGGGCACAAGGAUCGGCCGGCCGACCCGAGAGACCCUGGUUCGUGGAACGACUGGCCCGCGUUGUAAUUAUUUGUGAAUGGAAAUCCUGGGACCAAGUCUCAAGGAUCAUGUCGGAUUACUUUUAUCUUCCAGCUCUCCAUGGCAUGGAAUGGAGGUCUGUAUGGAAUGAGGCGAUGACUGGAUACGUGGUCUCGGCGGACGAAUCAUGA